UGAGGCAAGCUACCCUUUGGAAAUGUGCUCACACUUUGAUGCUGAUGAGAUAAAACGACUAGGAAAGAGAUUUAAGAAGCUCGAUUUGGACAACUCUGGUUCUUUGAGUGUGGAAGAGUUCAUGUCUUUACCUGAAUUGCAACAGAACCCGUUAGUACAGCGAGUAAUAGAUAUAUUUGACACAGACGGAAAUGGAGAAGUGGACUUCAAAGAAUUUAUAGAAGGAGUCUCCCAGUUCAGUGUCAAAGGAGAUAAGGAACAGAAGUUGAGGUUUGCUUUUCGCAUUUACGAUAUGGACAAAGACGGUUAUAUCUCAAAUGGAGAGCUCUUCCAGGUGCUGAAGAUGAUGGUUGGGAACAAUCUCAAAGACACUCAGUUACAGCAAAUUGUAGAUAAAACCAUAAUUAAUGCAGAUAAGGAUGGUGAUGGAAGAAUAUCCUUUGAAGAAUUCUGUGCUGUUGUAGGAGGCCUAGAUAUCCACAAAAAGAUGGUCGUAGACGUGUGACUCAGUAGGGCACCACCCAACACUUUUGCUUUCUUCUCCAUCUCUGAAGAUCUGCUCAAGACGUCCAGCAAUGCUCUCUGUGUAUUUAAAUGGAAGUAUUUUUCUCUGUGAAGCCACAUUUUCCAACACGAGCCUCAUGAAGCCAACUAAGUGUUAUUGAACUUUUAUUCUCUCAAUAACUCGGUGUAGCACUUUAAAGUCUGAAGGACAGCAAAGAUGGAAAGAGCAUAUCAGUGUGGUGGAGAAAGGGAAGGGGUUGGCUUUUUAAUUUAUUUUUCUUCAUCUUUUAUAACAAGGAAAUAUCUAUCUAUAUAUAUGUGUGUGUAUUUAUAUAUAGAUAUAUAUGUAGCUUUCUAUAUGUAGUAGUUAGGUGGGCUUUAAUUUAAUAUACUUUGAUUCAGAAACAAAACUAGAGUACAAAGUGCCAAGCAGAAUAUUAACAGUUCAAUAUAUGGAUAUACAUCCUUACUUUUAUUUCACACAGUUUUAUAUAUAUAGUAGAAGAAUGUAAAAUUUUAACUGGGUGUUAGGUCAGCUCUUUUCCUUUCCUGUGACUGUUCAGAUGUUUCUAUAUAUUGACUGGCUGACAAAGCAUUGCUUCUUAUUAAUUCACCUUAAUUACGUUUUUUUGUAACACAGGAGACUAAGUUUAUUUAUACCUGUUAAUAUAUUACCAGGGACUGUGUCUCUUUGCUAAAUAACUUAGUACAGUUCUACUUAAUGAGAAUAUAGUUUAACGCUACUGCCAAGAACUAGCCCUCGUGUGCAUGUAGUAACUGUAGAAUGCUUCGAUGGCUGCUAGAUCUCGUCACCUAGGAGCUGGGAGCAGUUACAGCUGUCCUGAAGUUAAGGCAAAUCUGCUGUUCUGGAUUCAUUUUAGAUAGAGCUGCUCAAGGUGUUAGAUGCAUUCAUGAUUUUCUGUUGUGCUUAGCUUAAUGAAAUCAGGAUCAACGUAACUGUGCAGGAUUCCCAUCUACUUAUUUUAUACAGUACUUAGAUUAUAAAAUGUUCUUGCCAUUCAAAUUCUGUUGUUUGAACCAUGAUAGUUUCCCCUCUACAUUUAAAGAAUACUACAGGUAGCAUAAAUAACUGGUAAUAUUUUAUAUAUAUAUGUAUAUAGCAUACAUACAGGGGGAAAAUCUUGUUAACCAAUGCCAUAGAGGAGGAAAACUUCACACUAUCUAAAUUUAUACCUCUUGCGGUUCUCCAGUCCUUUGCCUGGAGAUAUUUUUUCUUUUCUAGAUUUGUCCAUAUCAUAAUUUGUAACAGAUGGUAACUUGAUACAUUUGUGUGAUAUAAAAGUAGUGAGCCAUGUUUUACAACUUUAUAUCAUCCCUUCCCUUUUCUGCAAUGGUACUAUUGGCUGGAAGAAAAACACUCGCUAGAUAUUUUUAGGACAGUACAUCUUUCCUGUAUAGUAGUUUUUCUAUUAAAAGCAUUGUUUUAUAAUCAGCAGUGGGAAGUGCAGGUUGUCUGAACCUACUUCAGUGGAGCACCUGUCUGCCAUAGCUGUUCCUUCAACUGAGUGCUGCACAUCAUGGGCUCUGUCUGUGAGAGAGAAAUCCAGGUGCUUGGUGUCCUUGCAUGACAUGAAGUUUUGCAUGUAGAUCAAUUUGAAAUGUUCCUCUUGUUUACAUAAUUUGCAUAAUUUAAAAGAUAAUGUUGCCAAACUUUGGUAAAUGUUAAUGUUCAAAACAAAAAUCUCCACUACAUGUUAACUUUUCUUCCUCUGGAUCAGUACGUGGCUUAUAAUCCCAGCCAGUGGUUGUAUCUGUUCCAGUGUCAACUGCCAUGUGCUCUGCUUCAAGGGGGAACUAGUCUUUUGUGAAUUUUUUGUACAUAAGUAUUUGUUACAGACAUUUUAGCAAAUGCUUUCGAUUUCUCUUAUUUGCUUGUGCAUAUCUUGGCUGGCAUUAUAGAAAUUAGUGCUAAUGUUAUUUCCUUAGGGGGAAUGGAAGGGGAGGGAUGAGGUGGUUUUUUUUAGUUUGUGUGGGGAAAAAUGAUUUAUGUUGAAUGUUUAGUUUUUCCUCUGCAUGCUACAUCAUAUGUUGUGGGAACUAUAAGAACCUUCAUACUAUAUGAAUACAAAAUAAAAUAUUUGAACCUUG